CGGGAAAUCAACAUAGUAUGUAAACACAGCCCAUCCCCGAGGGUUGAACCUCGAGUAGAAACGGUGGAAAGGGUGAACAAGUAAGGCGCCAGAGAAGGACGCUGGGUCAGCCCUCAGACCCACGGAGCCAAGUCCGUUCAAACGACCAACCAGUCGGUCAGUCAGUCAAUCAAUCAAGCACUCAAGCACUCAAGCAACCGGCCACUAUGGUCCGUGGAUCUCGAGGUCGAAUGGCAGCUUCCUCUUGUUCUUCUUCGCCCGACGACUCAUCGCCCGUGAAGGAGGACGAGGAAGAAGGUCACGAGGAGGGAGGAGAGGAAAAGCCAGAGGACCUUGAGGGCCCGAACCUCCGCCGGCCGUCGAAUGCGGCUAGUCGAACCACGCCUCCCGACCAUGUGGCCUCCGGAGGCCAAUGGAAAGUCAUGGUAGCUCCCCAUGAUUUCAUGCAAACGGACCAGCAACCGGAAUUAAUCCGCUUACCUCACCCCCAAUCCGGACGUCCGGCCUCCUUUGUCAUCGAUGCGAAGAGUACGCAACUCUGUGAGGUGAUCGCUUGGCGCGAAGACCACCGAGCGUGGUUUGUGGAUCAGUUGGUCGAGAGUGACGGAGCCCUAUAUUUGGUCUCGCCUUUUGAUCCGCUUUUUAUUGUUCUAUCCUACCUGAAACGCUCUAAGCAACUCCAACCCUUAGACCAUGUGGUCCAAGACCAAUCGUUUCCACAUCUGAAUCGAAUUCUAUCCCCACACUUUCUCCGCCACAUGAAUCAAAUCGCGCAGCCUAAAGGGAGUGCGGAUCUGAAUGUGUGGCAGUUUGACGCCGCCUUGACCUCGUCCUAUUUGUCUCGUAAAGUUCGAAGGUUAAGUAAAGCCCUUCAGCGAGCCAAAGUCAACGUCUCAGGUUCGGCGCGAAGCGAACAAUUUGUCCAAUCAGGCUGCGAAUCCGUGGAUGAAGCUAUGUAUCUUCGUUAUGCUUAUCAGACGUUAUCUAUGUACCUAGACGAAGAAUUAGGUAAUCAAUUAAAAACUCAUCUCGGAAUACCCGACACUCCCCAGAAACGCGCUCCACCCGCUGAACUGACAUCAGAAGCCAAGAAACAGAAGAAACCCGCAUCGUGCGGGCCAAUUGAAGACUAUUCCAAAGGUUACAAGCAAGCUGUGAUCAAGGCCGAGCCACGAAGUGCCCGACAAAAGGCCCUGGCCCGAUCUGCAACCGGGAGCAAAAAUAUUAUGGCCUUCUUUCAGAAGAAAUAGUACCAAACAAUACAACAGAAACCUGA